AUGUGGGCAAGCACAGGCGGCAUUUCUGCCAGCUCCACGGAUCCCCCAUCUGUGCCCCAGGCACCCCCAACCCUCCUUUACAAGUACAACACCCCUAAGCCCACCUCGUACAGUGCCACAAAUGCCCUGUGUGAGACCCCCACGGCCCCCUACACAUUCACCCCUUCCUGCCGCACUCCGGCCACUGCACCCCUGGCCCACGGACAAAUCCUGCAGCCCCCUGAUGACUGCGGAGGAUUCACCCUCCAGCGAAUCCCCCCGGGGUGUCCCGCUGCCCUCGGGGGGAGGGCGCGGGCGAGGGUCCCGGGACUCGGGGGGCUGAGCUCCGGCCCGGCCGCCCCCGCCCGCUUGCCUGGCUGCGGCCGCUGCCUCCUUUGCCUCUGCCCGGAGCCGGGACACCGGAGCCGCCGGGGUGCGCAGCCGCCACGGGGCAACGGAGCCUUCCAAUGCUACCGGAGCCACCCGGGGCACCGGAGCCUGCCAGGAGUACCGGAGCCGCCCGCGGGCAGAGGGAGCAGGCACAGCGGUGCCACGCGUCCUCCUGACACGCGGCUGGGGAAGGCUGUCGCUGCCCGGGAGGUACCAGCCGUGGGGUGCCAGUGUUCGGCCGUCUCACCCCCUCACACAAAGAGCCCGGCACAAAACCGCCCUGUCCCCGCCCGCCUCAGCACGCCUCUGCCCGGGACAUCCCGGGACACGCACGGCCGGGAGUCCCGGUACCAGCGGCACCCCGAGACCGGCUGUGCCGUGAGCUGGGCUGGGCUGGGCGGAACUGAGCCGGCCCGGCACGCCGGCACUGAGCGAGCACCCCCGACUGCCCCAAAAGUGGGCCGGGCCCGCGGGCUACGGGAUGGCGUGGGACACGGGGAUGGUGCGGGACACGGGGAUGCGGUCCAUUUCCAAGCUUCACUCUGUGUCCACGAAGACCAAGAAUGUGCAGUGUGUGAGGUGGAAAUGAGAGCUCGAAUCCUGCUCAGGAGCACAAAGCACGCAGGGGACCAGGACACCAAGUCACAGGAAUGUCCCCACGCUUACUGCAAGGCAGAAGUUCCCUGUCCGCAGCCGGGAGGGGGAAUAUCCAGAGCCGGGAAGAUUCGGGACGCCCCCCGAGGGCUGGGAGAAGCGGACGGGGGGCACGGCUGAAUGAGCUCAGUCGGGGCCUGGCGGCUCUCGGAGCCCCGGGAUCAGAGGCGAGGCACCCGUGCCAUUCCUGCAGCGUGCCAUCAUCGCUGCACACCAUGCCGCUGGAGUAAUUGCCGCCGGGCUGGGCGCCAGCCCUCGCCCCCGGCACAGGAGAUAACUCAAUCUGCCCCUCCUGCCUCCUCCCCGCGAUGGGGGGCACCGCGCUCCCCUCUGCUCAGCACAGGGGACCCCCCCAGGGUGGGUGAGUGGGGAGGGAGGCGAUGUGGGGCACUGGGGCAGCCUCCUGGCGCUCAAAGGCCGUUCCUUGCAUCCCCCUACCCUAAUCUGAGGCAUCUGCUUGGCAAAGCCCGAGGGCUUCCCGUUGCAAAGGCCACCGGAGCAUUUUAAUAGCGUGCUUUUGCCUGGCUUCCUUCCUGGGAAUAAACCACGUCCUGGUGAUACGGAGCAUAAAAAACGCAGCGUUAACGGCCAGCAGCCAAAGCUGGGAGCGGGCAGAGCUGCACCCACCCUUGCCCCAGCUCAGCCCGGCCUUGGGGGGACACGA